AUGCAGGUGUCGCAGAAGCUGCGUUUGCCUCCGUUCUUACACACGGAUUCAUAUAGAAAGCAGGUUGUUAUUGAUGGAGAAACGUGUUUGUUAGACAUCCUGGACACUGCUGGGCAGGAGGAGUACAGCGCCAUGCGGGACCAGUACAUGAGGACGGGGGAAGGUUUCCUCUGUGUCUUUGCCAUUAACAACAGUAAAUCAUUUGCUGAUAUUAACCUCUACAGAGAACAGAUAAAGAGAGUGAAAGAUUCAGAUGAUGUGCCAAUGGUGCUAGUGGGAAAUAAAUGUGAUUUACCCACAAGAACAGUAGACACAAAACAGGCUCAAGAAUUAGCAAAAAGCUAUGGAAUCCCCUUCAUCGAGACAUCUGCUAAAACAAGACAGGGUGUGGAAGAUGCUUUUUACACACUGGUGAGAGAGAUUCGACAGUACCGGAUGAAAAAGCUCAACAGCAACGAAGAUGGGAAUCAAGGCUGUAUGGGAUUGUCUUGUGUCGUGAUGUGAGAAGAUGCCAAGAACACCUGGUUCAGAUGUAGCUGAUGGACGAAUCUCGAUGCCACUGUGUUGCAUCUUAGGAUGAUGCCCUGUAGCAUUUUGGUACCAGCUCAUUAGUACAAGGUCCUUUUCUGUGCUCCAUCUGAAGAGAACAUCUCUGGCAUAUACCUCUUUGCUCAGUUAAUAGAGCAGUCACAUCUCUUGAUGCACUGGGAUUCUUUUCUGAUUUAUCUGGGUUUGUUCAAGAAGAAAACCAAUCAUGAGAGAAGUGAAUUUUAGAGACUAAAUGCUGUGAAAAAGAUGACACUUUACCUCUAGAGUGAAAGAUAAACAUGAUUUUUGUCCCCAUUUUAUUGGACUCAGAUUUGCAGUGCUGUCUGAGAAGUGGCCCUAAAAAUUCCCC